AUGGGAUGUGGCGCUUCAUCUGAGAAGGGCCGUUCAAAUACGGUUGUUCCAGCAACUGCCCCUAAGCUUGAAGACAAAGCAUUCUCCGGCAAUAUUGGCCAUGCGGAUCAUUCUCGAGAAGUCCUUGCGAAAAAUGAAGAUGUAAAGCCUACCACUGUGGACCUGAAGCGAGAUGUAACUUCCAGCGCACAAAUUGAUAAUGCACAGUCUGCCAUCACGCCGGACGAAGCACCAGAUGCGACCAAGGAUACUGCGAGAGCUUCUUGUAAUCAACUGCGACAUAGCGAUCAGUCUGUGAAUACACCAGCACACGAGGGAGCCGUUUUCCCUUCGAUUAGAUUGUUUUUGACAUCUGGCCCAGACUUGUAUGCUGAACGCGAUGUCUUGGCAAGGGAGGUGUUUCCUGGUCUGGAGCGGGAGGUGCGCAAGAAAGGCCUGGAUGCGUUCACCUUCAUCGACUUUCGGCAAGAUCUGCCUCGGUAUACCCCAACCGACUCCACAACGCUGCUUCACGCUUUGAUGCACAUAGAACACUGUCGGCCAUAUUAUAUUGGGAUAAUAGGCCAUUCCUACGGUUGGAUACCAGAUAUGAAUGAUCCAACCCACAUUUCCUCGGCCACAUUAGUCAAGUACCCCUGGCUAAGAAAAUACGAAGGGGCUUCGACAAUGGAAUUAGAGAUGACAUACGGCGCUUUGGAUCGAGACUUGGUCGGAGAUGACUUACAAGCACUUUUUUACAUCAAGGCAGGAGAAUCUGAGCAACAUCCGAUGAGUGACAAUGGCUCGGUUGUGUCGUUGCAAAAUGCACAGGAGCAAACCCUAGAGAAUGAUCGCUUGGAACGAUUGAAAGCGCGAAUAAAAGCGGAUGCGAUAGCAAAAGUGCGAACGUUUGAUUCCGCGGAACACCUCGUCGAGCUAAUGAGAAAGGAUUUGUUAGAAUUAACCAGUUCAGCUACAUAUCUGGAUCCUCGACUGGCUCUUCAGCAUUCAUACGCCCUGGCAAUGACAGGUUGUCUACCGUAUCUACAGAUAUACUCCCAGCUGGACGAGUUAGUGGAAAGCGGUAUGGGCGAGAACUCGAGCAAAUGCCUGAUGCUGACAGGACCACCUGGGAGAGGUGUUUCAAGUGUCCUUGCAAAUUGGAUUAUACACCAGAAACAAUUGUCGCAAUCGACAUCCCACCCGAGGAGGAUCGUAAUGCAUUUUGCUGAAUGCAACACAGAGUCCUCUGAUCCAGUCAGCAUGCUGAUGAAUAUCAUGCAUGACAUAUACCCUGUCGGCAGGGAACCGGCGUCCCUCCCAGCAACACCCCAGGGAAUCUUUUCGGCGUUCCGCUCCAUGCUCCAAACUGUUUCAGAACAUCUCAUUGUUGUUAUAUCCUCCCUUCACCUUUUGGAAAAUAUUUCCAAUGCCCAUCAUUUGUCGUGGAUCCCUGACAGCUUGCCACCGAACGUUACCCUCGUUUUAUCUUCCGCCGCCGAUAGUGCACCCGCUGUCGCUGCUCGAGCAAGAGGAUGGAAGGAAAUUUCUGUGAAGUCCCUGACGUGUGCAGAAAAGCAAGACUUGAUCAGCAGUCUGGAGGACAGUAGUGGCGAUGCCACCAAAACUCGUCUUUUAGAGGCGAUAGCAAGAAAUAAGCUAAUUGACGAUCCCCUGCUCAUAAUCCUCCUCUGCUCACAUUUCAACAACCUCCCGGGUGGCCUCUCGGCAUCGCUCAUACGCACAUUUACGAUGACCAAUAUUCACACCAUAUUGACAACAGUCUUGGUAUCCCUCGAAAAGACUUUCGCCCAUCAUAUCGAUACUCUCCUAAACCCACCUACACGAAUCCCGAAUAAUCAUGCUUUCAAAGUCAACCUGCCAACUCAGACGACGCCUCACCCUCUGGCAGCGACUCUUGCCCUCAUCUACGCGACGCACACUGGGAUUUACGAGGAAGAAAUCCGCGGCAUGCUUUGCAUAUCCCAUCGAAGUUGGGCGGCUAUCUUUAAUGCCAUUGGUCCACUUGUUGUCUCCUCUUCAGGGAGGGUGGUAUUCAUACAUCCCGCAGUUCGAGCCGCCGUUGAAACACGAUAUGUGCCGACCAACAGAUUGCGGAAAGGAGUAUAUACCUCUCUUGCAAGGUUUUUCUUUAAAAGAGGAGAAUGGGAUGUACGAGCAGUCAAGGAAGUUGCAUGGGCGCUCGUACGUGGUGGAGAAGGUCAACAUGUGAAUUUAUGUGGAUGGCUCGUUAGGCCAGAAGUUGUCCGACUCUUAUUGAGUAAAGGCGAGUCUGCAACAAUGUUUCGGUUGUGGAAUGCUGCUGGUGGAAUCGGACUGGCUAAAAGACUGUACAGCCGCCUCAUGGAGACAAAAGACAUGGAUAAGGAUGAAGUCGUUCGGAUUUUGAUGGAUGGCAAGGAGCCUGAUUUGUCGCUUUCCGACCAUUCCUUCAUCUCCACCGAGCUGUUUACAAGUGCAGAUCAGCAACUAAUCACACGGUAUUUGACCGCAUGUGAAUCAGGUUGAUUCAAUGCUGGCUUGUUUUAUGGAGACAUGGUGUACAACUGGGUAGAAUAUGAAAACACCCUUUUUGAACUGCUCUGCUACAGUUUUUAUUGAUGGC